AAAUUAUUUUAUUCAAAAGGCAGAGUUACUAAGAGACCUUGCAUCCACUGGUUCACUCUUCAAAUGGCCUCAGCAGUGAAGCUAUCCAAAGCCAGGGGCCAGGAGUUUCAUCCUGGUCUCCCACGUGGGUGCAGGGACCCAAGCACUUGGGCCAUCUCCACUGCUUUCCCAGGCCAUAGCAGAGAGCUGGAUCGGAAGUGGAGCAGCCGGAAUUCGAACCGGACCUAUAUGGAAUGCCAGCGCUGCAGGCCAAGGCUUAACCUACCGUGCCACAGUGCCAGCCCCCUGGAUUAAGUAUUCAGCGGUCGCCACUCUGGAAAUGUUUGUGAACGCAACCAUAUCUUUUUAAAGGAAACAGAUAAAGCAUUCGUGCUGACUCCAUCUGGGGAGCCCCGGGGACCAGCGUUCACGCCGCAUGGCCGCCUGAGGACAGACCCUGUGCAUGAGCUGCCCGCCCCCCUGCUCCGGACACGCAGAGGUGCGGGGCGCACAGCUCGGUCAGGGUUUCAAAGAGCCAGAGAAAGGCUGUGAUGGCGGGGAGCGCUCAGUCCAGGCAGCCCCUGCUGCUGCUGGCGGGGCUGGCCGGGAAAAGGGAAGACAGACAGGGCGCAAGCCAUAACAGCCUGUGCGCGCCGGGCGCCCGCUCGGCCACUCGGCUCGCAGCAGCCGUCCCCGGGGUCCCCGUCUUCACUCUGCGGGUGAGGGUGGGGACACGGGCGUUGCCCGCCCGGAUCAGGGCUCCAGCUGCCGGGUUCCCAAAAAGCUCCGCAGGUGAUGCAGAGGCGAGACUCGGGGUUGCUGUGAUGACGCAACAGUGACGACGCUGGGGUCUCGGAGCCUCCUCAGCGCGGACGCCCACUGGAAGCCCGCCCCGUCUCCCCCUGCAGCACCACUGCCCGCGCUUCCUCACAGGCAGUGUGGACGCACUCGGCACGCUGCAGGAACGUGGGGCGGCUGCAGAGGGAGAACCCGUGCGGAAAAAACGGCUCCGCCCUGCUGCCGGCGUCGGGAAGGCCGGCCGCAGCACGACCCGCGCUUCCUCGGCGGCCGCGUCCAUCCGCGCCGGGCCGCCAGUCUUCGGCGGCCGGGAACAAAGGGUCGGAACAAAGGCGAACCCGCCCUGGCCGCUCCCACGAGCGGCACCGACGCGCCUCUGGAUUGGCCGGGCUGUGGCCCAAUGGCAAAGAAGAGCUGGCAUCUCCUAUUUACAUAGGAGACGAGCCUCCCAAUCAGACGCUGGCGAUCCGGAGCCUUCAUUUGACUAGAUAGACGGCAAAUAGGCCCGCCCGCGCCGCAGUGCCCUGCGUGUCCGUGCCGCCGCUGCGCCGCCAUGCCCGAGCCCUCCCGCUCGGCCCCCGCGCCCAAGAAGGGCUCCAAGAAGGCGGUGACCAAGGCGCAGAAGAAAGACGGCCGCAAGCGCAGGCGCGGCCGCAAGGAGAGCUACUCCAUCUACGUGUACAAGGUGCUCAAGCAGGUGCACCCCGACACCGGCAUCUCGUCCAAGGCCAUGGGCAUCAUGAACUCGUUCGUCAACGACAUCUUCGAGCGCAUCGCCAGCGAGGCGUCGCGCCUGGCGCACUACAACAAGCGCUCGACCAUCACGUCGCGCGAGGUGCAGACGGCCGUGCGUCUGCUGCUGCCCGGCGAGCUGGCCAAGCACGCCGUGUCCGAGGGCACCAAGGCCGUCACCAAGUACACCAGCUCCAAGUGACGCGCGCAGCGCGCACCCAAAGGCUCUUUUCAGAGCCACCCACACGGUCGAGAAAGGGUUUCGAACACGGCUUGGGCGUGGGUUGUCUGGCCUCGUGUAGCUCCCCGCGCUCCAUUAGCUGCCCGG